AUGUACAGAGCAAUCAUGAACAAAAGGGCAGCGGAUGGAAGUGUUGUGAAAAAAGAAAAUUUGACAUGGACAGAUAAUAUGGACAAUGCUCUAGUUGAAGCUCUUGUAAAGGAAGAUGAUAUAGGUAAUCGGGCUAACCCUGAAGCAGCUGCAUUCAGGACCAAAAAGAUUUCAAAUUACAAUCAGUUGGAGAUGUUAUUUUCAGAUGAUAGAGCAUCGGGAUCAAAAGCGGAAACAGCAAAAGAAAAAAAUGCCCGAUUAAGCAAAUCCAAGGAAAUUAAAAUAGAAAAAAUUGCUGAUGUGGAAAAACUAAUGGCAAAUAAGGAGGUAAGUUUGGAGAACGUACACAAAGAUGAUGAUGAGGACAUUCAAAUAGUGUCAGUAACAGAUGUUUCACCUGAUGGAAGUUCAAAAGCAAAGAAGCUGAAGAGUAAAAAAAGAAAACUAGAAAGCAAAUUUCAAGAUGAAGAUGAAGUAGUAGUUGAAACUGAACCUAAACCUCAACCUCAACCAGAAUCUUUUGAACACAAUAUUGUGCAAACAUUUAAAGAAAUCGUUGAUGUUAUGAGGGAAGGGAACAAAUCUCGUGACUAUACAGGUGAGGAAAUCGAGAAAGAGUUAGAGUUGAUGGGUUUGGAUGACGAUGAAUUUGCGGAUGCUUUCAUAUAUUUAUCACGUAAUCAAGCCGAUGCUAGGACAAUUUUUAGUUCUUCAAUGAGGAUGAGGAAUAUAUUUUUAAGAAAGAUGAUGUGUGAAGCUAAAAAUUGA